AUGACUACCGACUUCAACCACGGCGGGCAGAUGAUCGAGUACAUCCAAGACCGACUAUACCUUGCAUCCUAUGAUUCUGCGCCCAGCUCCAGAACUCCGUUUCCCUUCCAUCUGGACGCACCAAAAUCACCAAGCAAGCGAGCACGUGCCCAGCCCGCCACUCCAAGCAAGCGCCGCUCUCCCGUGUACUUCACCAUUGAUGACACUCUUCUUUACAAUGCCUUCCACGCUGAUUUCGGCCCACUCCACAUUGGUCACCUCUACCGCUUCGCCGUGCUUUUCCAUGAGAUUCUUGGUGAUCCAGCCAACAGCGACCGUCCGGUAGUCUUCUAUAGCAAGACUGAUGCCCGGAGUCGCGCCAAUGCGGCCUGCCUUGUUGCAUGCUAUAUGGUCAUGAUUCAAUCCUGGCCACCCCAUUUGGCUCUAGCACCAAUCGCACAGGCAGACCCUCCUUACAUGCCUUUCCGCGAUGCUGGAUACAGCCAGGCAGAUUUCAUUUUGAACAUUCAAGAUGUUGUGUACGGAGUGUGGAAGGCGAAGGAGCAGUCUCUUUGCGGACUUCGCGACUUCAAUCUCGAGGAGUACGAGAAGUUCGAGCGAGUCGACAUGGGUGACUUCAACUGGGUUACGCCGGAUUUCCUUGCCUUUGCAUCUCCUCAGCAGCAGCCCGUCGAACCAAUUCCGGUCAACACCCCUGAAUAUAACGCAUUGCCUGCAACAAUUUCGGAAAUCUCUUCCUCAAAGCUUCCAAUGCCGUUCAAGAAUGUUCUCACCCACUUCCACCAGCGCAACAUCGGUCUUGUUGUACGACUUAACUCGGAGCUCUACUGCCCCUCUUACUUCACCGCAAUGGGGAUCUCUCAUAUUGAUAUGAUAUUCGAGGAUGGCACGUGCCCUCCCCUCCAGCUUGUCAGACGGUUUAUCAAAAUGGCCCAUGAGAUGAUCACCAUCAAGAAGAAGGGUAUCGCAGUUCACUGCAAGGCAGGCUUGGGUCGUACGGGUUGCUUGAUUGGCGCCUACCUGAUCUACAAGUAUGGAUUCACCGCCAAUGAAGUAAUUGCCUUCAUGAGAUUCAUGCGACCCGGUAUGGUCGUCGGACCUCAGCAGCACUGGCUCCACCUCAACCAGGGUGCCUUCCGUGAAUGGUGGUUUGAGGAUAGCAUGCGCGAGAAGCUGGCACAAUCCACACCCGUCACUCCCCGAGUGUCGACGAAGAAGCGCACCAGCAACGGAGUGGUCUCCACCCCACCGAACAAUAGCCACUCCAAACGUGCAGCCCUCGGAGAGAUUGAUCACAACGAAGCCGCAUCCUACCCAGACCAGGAUCUUCCUGCACCAACCCCUGGCCAGCCUCGCAAGUCCCACCGAAAGGACUCACGGCACCACCCUUAUUCCCGAACUGCCUCCGGAUCCCUCGCUGUUGAACACGAGCAGCGCAGCCAGCGCAGCCACAGGAAGAGCAACGAGAGCAGUGAGAGUGAAGAAGAGAUUCAGCUUCGCCGAUUAGCCCAGCGGUCAUCUAGGUCUCCUGUUGCUUCACCCACAUCCCGUUCUAUCAGUUACUCUGCCACUGUCACAGCUAGCUACACCCUCGCAGAAGACAACCACAAGGAUCAGGAGAACUGGGUUGAUCACUCAGCACCCAAGACUCCCGUGACACGCAAGAGCGGCGCUGCCCCUAUCUCGGUCAGCAAAGUUCGCUCUAGCCCUCGCCGGGCAGCGGAAAAUACACGCAGCGAGUCUCGUGGUGUUCGCAAGCCUAGUGGCCGUAUUGGUAGCAAUACCAUCAGCCCCGCACGGGCAAUUAAGACCAUCCACUAA